CCCCCCUCGCUCUUUUUCUCCCCCUCACACAUUGGUUGUAGCUGCAGGAGAGACAGAGCAAAUUAGGGUUGGGGAGCCAUCACGAGAGGGGGCUCGACACGAAAAGCUGAGCAGCCAUGAACUGCUGCCAGAAUGGAGGAGGGGGAUGCUGGGUUAGAAGAGCGAGGGAAAUAGAAAUCUUUGGAAAUUAAAUGUAUGUCAUUUUCAAUUUGCAUCAUGUUGUACUUUCAGUUGGUGAUCAUGGCUGGGACUGUCAUGCUGGCUUAUUACUUUGAAUACACUGAUACGUUCAGUGUGCAUGUGCAGGGAUUCUUUUGCUACGAUACUACCUACACUAAACCCUACCUUGGACCGGAGGAUCACAGCGCCAUCCCGCCCAUCCUGCUUUAUGCCGUAGUAGCGGUGUUGCCAACGUUACUGAUCACAAUAACAGAGACGGUGCUAUUUCUGGUCCAAUAUACAUCAAAAGAGUUUGACAAUUCAGAGAAGACUGUUGCCACAGGAGACUGCUGUUAUCUCAACCCUCUAGUGCGCAGGACAUUUCGUUUCCUUGGAGUUUACACUUUUGGCCUCUUCACUGUUGACAUCUUUGUCAACGCAGGCCAAGUAGUGACGGGAAACCUGGCGCCUUAUUUCAUGACCAUCUGUAAACCAAACUACACAGCGCUGGGUUGCCAUCAGGCCCUCCGCUAUAUCAACCAUCAGGAGGCCUGCACAGGAAACCAGAAUGACAUCCUGCAUGCCCGAAAAACAUUCCCUUCCAAGGAGGCUGCUCUCAGCAUAUAUGCAGCACUCUACUUGGCUAUGUACGUGACGUGCACGGUUCAGGUAAAAGGCACUCGUCUUGCCAAACCGGUUUUGUCCCUCGCCCUUAUGUGUCUGGCCUUCAUCACGGGAUUAAAUCGCAUAGCGGAAUACCGUAACCACUGGUCAGAUGUCAUCGCUGGCUUCUUGAUUGGCACUGCCAUCGCCACGUUCUUAGUGGUGUGCGUGGUUCAUUUUUUCAAAGGGAAGUUGCUACUGAAUGAUGACACACCGAUAGAAUUGCAAGCGCACACGACAAUUCUGGGCAUAGGCCAAGUCGAGAGUCCUCUGGAGAAGUACAUCGCCUCACAGAAUCACAUCACAUUUGCUGAGGUCACAUGACAUGGAGUCAGCGGUGUAGCAGAUGCAUAGGACAAGCCCCCCGUUUCGCAAUCCGAUUAGCCCAAGUGCAGCUGUAUACCCCAACAUCCUCGCUGUGUCUGGUUUCUGUACAUAUUUUUGGAAUUCUAUGAAGCUUUCAUCUCAACAAAACAAAUAAACAGAAGCGGUAAGGUCUUCAUCUAUGCAUUAAUUAUACUCUGUCUAUACCAGAUUCUCACCUCCCAAAUGCAGGUGGCUAAAAUAAUAAUAAUAAAAAGUAUUCUUGACAGGAUCGUGUAUUUUUAAUGGGUCCUAAUGGAUCAUCAAUAUUUGAAGCUUUUUACUUUCCUUCAAUGGCAACGUCGCCAAUAUCAGGUUGAUCAAUGAAAGCAAAUGGUGUCAAGAAAAACAAAAUGGGCUCAGGUUGAAGUAGAAAUAUAUAGAAUUAAUUAAGGCACAAGCGGCAUAGUGAGAGCUACACAAAUCCUCAUUCUAGGAGGAUAUUAAAAUCAUUAGCAAGAUCAUUUGCAAAAGAUAAUCCAGAUAAUCACUUACAAUCAUAUUAAUUUUCAUAAUUGACUUUUACUGUAUAAUGUCACAAUCCAAGUAAGGUGGCCACAGUGGUGGCAAGAUGAAAUCUCAGGAAACUAAUACCAAAAAUAUUGCUUUAUAAUAAAUGAGAAUAAAACUUCCAAGAAAACCCAACAUGAUCAAAUGUGUUUCCAAAGACUUUUCUAAUCAUUUGGGG